CUAAGAUUCAGUUUUCAGUAUGAGCGAACGGGAGAAAACGAAGUUGAGGACGAUGUUGCGUUGUAUCUUGCUGUGUGCCUGUAUUGUAGCAAGCGCCGCAGACGACUUCACGGACAAAUAUGCGCAGUACAUCAAAGAUUACAAGUUUGGAAUAUUUCCAGGUACGAAGUGGUGUGGCCGUGGAGACGUCGCAGCGGGUAAUGAACUGGGAUCGCUGCCCGUGACUGACGCCUGUUGCCGAGGACAUGACAAAUGUAGGCCUAAUGUUAAAGGCCAUAAAUUCUAUAAAGGAGUCUUCAACAUGUGGCCAUAUACCAGGCUACAUUGCGAUUGCGACACGGUCUUCUACGACUGCUUGAAGAACGCGGAAGCUUCAGAGUCUGAAGCGAAGACUGUAGGAACAAUUUACUUCGACCUCUUGGCAUCGAAAUGUUUCAAGACUGUCGACAAAAAGGUCUGCACUAAAUGGAAAUGGUGGUCCUGUGCGAAGUACGAGAUGAAGAAAGAAGUGGCUUUUGUCAGUACUCCAAAAUAUCGGACAUGAUUGUUCAAAAAAUGUCAUUCCGGUUUCAGGGUUCUAUAAAGUUUGUCGAAAAGGA